CACUGACACACAUGACACUGUUUUUAUUUCAUUUCAAAAAAAAAAUAUCAACCAAUCAAAAAAAAACACGUCAUCAUCAUCAUCAUCUCUGUCUUUUUUCUUCUGCAAAAUCUCCACCUUUCAUGGAAUUACCAAUUGAAAAUAUUGGCGACGAGUACCAAAAUUACUGGGAAACUAAAAUGUUUCUCCAUAAUGAAGAACUUGAUAGUUGGGCUAUGGAUGAAGCUUUUUCUUACUACGAUUCGAGCUCCCCGGACGGAGCGGCUUCGUCGGCCGCUUCGAAGAAUAUAGUUUCGGAGAGAAAUAGAAGGAAGAAACUUAAUGAGAGACUCUUUGCUCUCAGAGCUGUGGUCCCCAACAUUAGCAAGAUGGAUAAGGCUUCAAUUAUAAAAGAUGCAAUUGAUUAUAUUCAAGAAUUACAUGAACAAGAAAGGAGAAUUCAAGCUGAGAUAAUGGAGCUUGAAUCUGGACCGUUGAAAAAGAAUCAUAGCGGCGGUUAUGAUUUUGAGCAAGAAUUGCCUGUUUUAUUAAGAUCCAAGAAAAAGAAAAUUGAUCAAUUUUAUGAUUCUACUGGCUCCAGAACUUGUCCAAUUGAAGUGCUUGAGUUGAGUGUUGCUUACAUGGGAGAGAAGACUUUGUUGGUGAGUUUGACAUGCAGUAAAAGAACAGAUACAAUGGUGAAACUGUGUGAAGUAUUUGAAAAUUUGAAGCUCAAAAUAAUUACUGCAAAUAUAACUACUGUUUCUGGAAGGCUUUUGAAGACUGUUUUUAUUGAGCAGGCAGAUGAAGAUGAAAAGGAUGACUUGAAGAUAAAAAUUGAAACAGCAAUUGCAGCACUUAAUGAUCCACAUAGUCCUAUGAGCAUGUAAACUAAAAAAUAUUUUCCUAUGAAAUUGGAUUAUUUUGGUCA